UAAUUUAAAAAUAUAUUCUCUUUACUUCUUACUAUAUAUAUUUUAUAACGUAAUUGAACAUUAUCUUUAUCACUAUAUCGUGUUACAUACUUAUACACAAUACAUCUAAACGCGUCAUGCCGCCGCAUAAACAUUUCACGCGUUCGAAAUUUAUGAAUUAAUGAAUUGAUAUCAACAUUAGUAGAUUAAGUAAUUAGAAUUUUUAAUAAAUCUACAGAAAAAUCAUGGAUAUUCAAGGAACGUGCACCACAGAUACAGAUAAUGUCUGCGAAUUAUGUAAUACACGACCUCGUAAAUAUACUUGUCCACAAUGUGAGAUAAGAUAUUGCAGCUCUGAUUGCUAUAAGUCAGAAGCUCAUUCAGAAUGUUCAGAAAGUUUCUAUAAGCAAUGUGUAAUAGAUGAAAUAAAGUCUCAAGGAAAAGAUACAGAAGGUAGAAAGAAAAUGCUAGAAAUUCUCAAGAGGGUACACGAGGAAGAUUUAAAAAAUAUAGAAGCAUUGGAAAGUGAUGAUGAGAUUGAUAAUGAUGAAUUAGAAGAACAGCUAGAUUCAGAUGAUGAAGAAGAUAUACCAGAUUUAGAAAGAAGACUUAAUAAUAUAAAUUUAGAUAAUGCAGAUGAAGUGUGGUCUGCAUUAACAGAUGAUGAAAAGCAAGAAUUUGAGGCUCUCGUAAAAAAUGGUGAUAUAGAAAAACUUCUACCUCAAUGGAUUCCAUGGUGGACCUAUCAUACUAAAAAAAAAUUAGUUCAAGAUAUGGAUCAAAAAGAUGAGCAAUCAUUGCAACUCCCUCCUUUAAUAGAUGUUCCAAUAUUUAAUGCAUUAAAGCUUCCCCAAAUGUUGAAUUUAAUGUGAUAAAUGUAAUCUAUGCAUAUGCAUACAUAGCAAACUAUUAUAAUGGUGACUAUUUAAACUGUCCGAUAGAAGCUACAAUUGUUUUUCUUGAUCUUAGUGAUAAUAUGAAACUCAAUACAGUUUUUGAAAAUCCAGAAUCAGCAAUCGCUUCCA